AGCAUAGCAAGCUGGUAGCACUGCCAUAGCACAACUGUUUCAAGAGGUGCCCUACAUCAUAAACUCUACCAUCUUUUGAGACAAAGAGCUGGAGAUGCUGCUUUCCUGAAGGAGGCACAAGUUCUACCACCAUGAGCGCGCCUGCUGCAACCGGUGUAUUUAUGUUGUCUUUAUCAGCCAUUCCUGUUACUUACCUUUUCAACUAUGUGUCUACUGUUAAUAGUUGCUGGCCAGUUACAGUUGCUAGUGCUGGGGUUAUGGUGUUCAUAGCAUUAUUAUCCCGUCUGCUUGUCAUUCAGAAACCACCCAAGGAUCCGUUGUUUUAUGUAUAUGCAGUAUUUGCUUUUACCAGCGUGGUGGGUCUUAUCAUUGGCCUGGAACAGGAUGGAAUCAUUGAUGGUUUUAUGACUCUAUAUUUAAAAGAGACUGAGCCAUAUAUGAACACAGCUCAUGGUCACAUGAUCUGCUACUGGGAUGGCACGGCUCAUUACCUGAUGUACCUACUUAUGGUUGCAGCGAUCGCUUGGGAUCAAAACUACAGGACAAUUGGCCUUUAUUGGACUGGAUCUAUUAUAAUGAGUAUGGUUGUCUUCAUUCCUGGAAACUUUGCAGAUGUUGGUGUAUAUGUUCUAUUCAGUUCCAUGCAAUCUAAUUACGUUGUAUGGUUUGCUGGUUCCUGGAUGUACUUGGGUGCCAGACUUGACUCUUAUUCAUGCCGGGGGAUUAGCUCAGGCCCAGUUCUCUCACAUUGGUGCUUCUCUCCACGCUCGGACUCCUUACAUCCACAGAGUUCCUGAGGAAGCCAGGCUUUUAUUUUUAUUUACAAAUAUACUCUUUGCAUCGGUUCCACAGUUAUUGGCUCAUCGGUGUAUCAGUGAACCAGAAUUUUU